AUGUCGUCGUGCUCCUUUGUCUUCAUCACGGCUAAAAAGGCCGACGUCAAACUCGUCAAUCGCUUCCUCCUCACCAUCCGGGACUGGGAGUUUGGCGACGACGCGGCCUGGGACUGCUUCUCCCUCGUCACGUCAAAGACAGAUCCUCUACCGCUGGACGCAGAAUCCACAAAGCCGCCGUUGCAAGAACUGCCCCUAAACGAGUGGGAAGGCUCCCCGAUCGAGGACAUCGAGGCCAAGAUCCUCGAGAGGGGGCGGGAGGAGGAGUCUGUGUACGGCCGGCACGAGGGGGCCAACAACAUGAGCCUCUUCCUCGUGCUGGACGACAAGGGUGUCGAGGACCGGACCGUGAUCCUGUCCAACCGGGCCAUCGACUGGGACGCGGACCCGCUGACGUACCCGGAGAGGUUCAACAAGUUCCGGACGCCGUGGGCGUCGGCGUACCUGGACUGGUGCAACCUCGACAUCUCCAACAUUGGGUGGUCCGAGAUGUGCGACUUGGACGGCGCCGACGAGGGGAAGAGCGAGAAGGACGGGGUGUGGUGGACGUACGGGCACCACACCGGGGAGCUUACCUCUGAGGAGAACAGGAAGAGGCGGGAUGCUGUGAUAAAGGAGUUGGAGGGUCUCGGGCAAGCGUGA